AUGUCUGUACCAAAUAAAUCUCUUGAUAAAAACAAACGUUAUGCUGGUGUUAAAGCGAAUGAUUUUGUAAACAAAACUCGAGCAAAUGAAGCAAAUCGAUCAAUUGUUCGUCCUCAAGGAUGGGCUAAUCUAGGAAAAAUAAAUAGUCGUCGAAUACCACCACCGGCUAAUUUACCUAGUUUAAAAAGUGAAACAGGUAUUAAUUCACCAACAUUUGAUCCAACAAUAACAACAAAUCAUGGUUGGACAUCAAAUGAAAAUCAAACAACAAUUAAUACAAUAUCAAAUCCAACACAACAACAAAUUGAUUCAUUACCAGUUAAUUCUCCAAUACCAACACCACCACCACCACCACUACUAUCAUCAACGCAACUACCACAACCAUUAAUGGAUAUUGAUAAACCACGUUUAACACCAACAUGGAGUACAAUAACAUCUGGUACAAACAUAAUUACAAAUGAACAAAUACCAAGUUUACUUCCAUUAAAUGAUUAUCCUCGUUUAUCAACAACACAAGAUCGUAAAUUACAAUCAGAAUCAAUAAUAAAUAUGCAAAAUCCAAGUUUUCGACCUGCCAAUUUAGCUAUAUGGAAAGAUGGUGGUAGUAGCAGUCGUAUACAAUCAUUAACAAAUGAUCUAUCACAAAUAAUAUCAAGUAAUCCUGGUGCUAAUUUAUAUCAACAACAAAUACCAAAUCCAAAUAUGAGAAUGUAUCCACCACAAAUGUGGGCAUACAAUCCAUAUACACCAGUACCAUUAUCAAUGCAUCAACAACAACAAAUGAAUACAUUACAUGAUUAUAAAAGUCCAACAAUAUUACGAAAUAAAGAUAUUGACGAUUUAUCUAAAUUAACCGAUAAUACAUGGGCAAAUGCAUCUCAGGAAGUAAAUUAUGAAGAAAAAAUACGUUUUAGUGAUGAUGAUGAUGAUGGUACCAAUAAUAAUAAUAAGAAUGAUCAUAUAGAAAUUUUAGAAACAAAAAAUAAUAAUAAAUCACGUCGAUUAAAUACACAACAAAUAUUACAACAUACACGUUUAAUACAAGAUGAUAAACAUUUAAAACAAAUGCAAGAUGAUAAAAAUUCUGAAUUAAUAAAUGCAUUAAAUAUAGCUAAACAACGACGUGAUGAACAAGAACGUCAUCUUAAAAAUGAACAAUUAAUUAUAAAUAAUAUUGAUGAACAAAAACAAAUACCUGGUUAUCAAACACGUCCAUUAUUAACAUCAAAUGAUCAAGAUAAUCAUAAUUCAUCAACAUUAUGGCAAACAAAUAAAGAUCUAUCAAAUACAUCUCGUACACGUCAUGAUACAGCUAAUAGUCAAUCAUCAUUUGCAAUGAAAAGUUGGUCCGAUCAAAUGGAUUCAUUUAAUUAUGCAUCAUUACAUGAAAAAUCUCGUGGACAUACAGAAAAUGAUGAGCCAUCUUCAUUAAAUAAAUAUAGUCGUUCUCAAAGUGAAACAAGUACACAAUCACAACAUAAUAAUGAAUCAAUAAUAAGAAAAUCGAAAAAACUUUCAUUAACAUCAAAAAAACAACAAGAAAAAAUUAAUUUAUUACAAACAAAAACUUUAUCGAAAAAACCAUUUAAACAUGAUAGUUUAGAUUAUUCAGAGAAUCAAAAUAAUCAACAAAUUAAUUCAAAUGAUCAAUGGAAUGAAUCAAUUGAUAAUCGUCAUCAACAAUAUACAAAUGAUAAUCGUCGUCAUCAACAAUUACAAUCAGAUGGUCUUUCAAUACAAAAAAUAAAUCGUUAUAAUAAUAAACAAUCAUCAACAAAAACACGUCAUAAUGAACGACAACAAACAAAUUCUCAUACGAAACAAAAUACAUCUUUAUCUAAUAAAACUCAAACAGUAUGGCGUCCAUUAUCGCCAAAUCGACCAUUAGAAUCAAAUGAACUAACACCACAAGAAUCAAUUUCAUAUAAAUCUCAACAACGAACAAAUCCGAAUGAACAUAAACAACGAUAUCAAACAACAGCAACAACAACAACAACAACAUCAUCAUCAAUUAUAGAUACAGCUUCAAUUCCACCAUUAAUGAGUGUACGAUCUGAUGCAACAACAACAGCAAAUUUAUAUAAAACGACAAGUCAUAAUGUAUCAUCACAUUAUAAUGAUGAAAAUAUUUAUUAUGAUUCAAAUAUCGAAUUACAUCAAAAUUAUAAUCAUCAUACAAAUAUGCAUAAUAGAAGAUAUACAGAAUUAGGUUCAUAUGGACGUUAUAGACGGAGCGGAACACUUCGUCAUCAACAACAAUAUACAACAUAUAAUAUAAAUAAUACAUCUGCUAUAUCAUCAGCACCUAAUACAAGUUCAGGUAUACGUCAGAAAAAGAACUCAACUAAUCGAACAAAUACAAAUACAAAUAAUAAUAAAAAAUCUGAAGAAAUAUCAAUAAUAAAACCUCUUGAAACAUCUUUAUUAUCUUCUACAAGUGAAGUAUUAACAACAGAUACUGAAAAAUUGAAUGAUACAUCUGAUCAAAAGAUUUCAAUUAAAAAUGAAAAUGAUUCAAAUGUUAUUCAACAAACAGAAAAUGAUUCAAAUAAAACAAAUAAAAAAACUACAGUAGUACCAACAUCAAAUCCAAAACGACAUACUAAUAAAAAUCAACAAAAUUAUCAUCAAGAUCAACGUUAUCAAAAUCAACAAGCACCUCGACAUAGAAAUAAUUAUACACGUUCAAUGCAAGAAUAUGAAGCUAUGCAAAUGGCUGCUACACAAAAUUAUUAUGGUACAACACAUCGAACAGCACAUAAUGGUCGUAAUACACAUAUGCAUGAUUUAUCAAGUGGUUAUUAUUAUGAACAUCCUAAACAACAUUAUAAUAAUCGAUAUAAUUAUUCUAAUGAACAUUAUCAACAACAACAACAACAACAGCAGCAGCAGCAGCAACGUUCAACAAAUAAAAAUUCUAAACGUGGUGGUUCAUCAACAAUAAACAAUCGACAACAAAAACAACAAAUAAUUAAUGGAAGUAAUAAUAAUAAUAAUAAUAAUUUUCGUCCUCAUUCAACAAGUGAUAAUGAUCAAAAAGAAGGUGAAGAAUGGGAAACAGCAUCCGAAUCAAGUACAAAUAUGCGUAAUGGUCACUACGAUACGAAUCCAAUAAAUACUGAACAAACAAAUGAAACAAAAACAGUUCAUCGUGGUCGAACACCACCAAAGAAAAGUUUCUCCAGUCAAAGGCCAAAUGCGCGUCAGAUUUUCAAAUAUACGAAUGCAUGA